AUGCCUACUCCUCUUGGCCCGUGUGGCCCGGCUGGUGCUGCGACAUCCUGGGACUGGCACCGGGAAUCCGCUCUUGUUGCCAAAGAUCCCGGAGCUUCGCAUCUUGGCAGAGCGAGCUCAGUUUACACAGCUUGGUGUCAGAUGAAAGAGCUCUGCACUGUAAAGACCAGCGAGGUCUUUGAUGCCAGCUCUUCAGCUUUCGCAAUGUUCUUUCCACCUCUGCCCAAGGAACCUGAUGCCACCUUGGCAGGUGAUGCUCCCAAAGAAGCACGAGACCAGAUGCCGGACCUACGCCUCGCCACGCCACUAUUGGAUGAAAACCUCCGCGGCUAUGGAUCGAUGCCUGGCAUUCCAAUGUCCUUCACUUUGUCCGAGUAUUGCGCGAGGGAGCCACCUUUUUCCCCUGCGUCAACGGUAAGCUACGGCAGACAGGCGCCUGUCUCGCCGGCAGCGACGGAGUAUUGCUAUGGCAGACAGGCGCCUGUCUCGCCUGCAUCAACCCAUUAUUUCUACGCCACAGACGCGCCUGACUCGCCAGCGUCAACCACGUAUAUCUUCGGCAGAGAGGCACCAUCCUCUCCUGCAUCAACCGUAUGCGAUUACCAGACUUUCGAGGCGCCGUUGCCUGAGUACGAUGGCAGAGAAGCUUUGACAGAAGUUUUGAGCCCAAAGAAGUUCCCGACUCAUCCAAAUUGGAGGCACUUCUCCGAGGACCGAAGUCAAGCCCGCAACAACUUCGGUGAACAUUGCCCGUCCCAAUGGUGCGGGCUCUUCAACAGCUGUUGCCCCGACGCAGUGCCAGAGUCCUGCAGCCGCUGCCAGCAGGCACUCGGAUCCUUCUUCGAUCAUCACUGCCCGAAAUGCUCGCAAGCUGUAUGUGUUAGCUGCAUUGAGACUCUCAACUACCAGACUUUCCGCUGCAGCUGUGGGGAUGAGCUUUCGAAUCAGCCUAUGAUCGCCCGUGCGCAGUGGAUGUUUGGGGUAUGUCGUUCUACAAUGCAGGCUUUUGAUUUCAUCACCGGCACAAAUCUUGCCGGGCCAUCCCACGCUGUAGCCCCUGUUAUCCCUGAAAGUUACACUGAGAUGCCUUCACCCGCUGCACCGCUGCCGUCGUCCUUGCCGUCUAUCUUGGGCCAUCGACCUCGUGUUUCCCAAUCCACAGAGGUGUUCAAGACGAAUCUGCCUGGGGAGAUGCCCUGCAGCCCGGUGGCUCGACGAUGGGCGCGGGCAGGAGUAAACAAAAAAAAGGCGCGCAGGAGUUCCUACGAGCUCAGGCAGAGGUGUGUUCUGCCGUAG